AUGUCAGCGACUUCAGUAUUAAUAAUAUCAGUUGGUGUUGCAACAGCAGCCUUUGCUGGCAGAUAUGGAAUUAAAAAUUUUCCAAAACUGAAAAAGGCUUUUAAUAAUCCAGUAGUCAAAAAACGGCCGAAAGGAGGGUUUGAUCCUAAAAUGAAUGUGAAUGAAGCAAAACAGAUAUUAGGCAUACGAGAAAGUAGAUUAGAUAGAACAAAGAUUAAAGAAGCCCAUCGUCGCAUUAUGUUACUUAAUCAUCCUGAUCGAGGAGGAUCUCCAUAUCUAGCAAGUAAAAUCAAUGAGGCUAAAGAUUUACUUGAAAAAAAUACUAAAACAUCUAUUAAUUGA